CUAAAAUCACAAACCAUCUGUGGUUUAAAGAAACCAUUGGUGUUAUAAAAGGAGGCACCUUCAUCCACAAAAAAAUCGGCUCCCCUGAUGUACAUUAUAGGAAUCACAGGAAACAUAGCGACAGGAAAAUCUCUUGUAGGUUCGCUUCUGAGGCAGAAGGGUUAUCGUGUAAUAGAUGUAGACAAGGUUGCAAGAGAGGUGUUGGAGUGCAACAAGGAAUUGUUGUGUAAAAAAUUUCCAGAACUGUGCGUUAAUAACAAAUUUAGUAAGGCAAAGCUCAGGGAAAUAGUUUUCAAGAAAGAAAAGAACAAAAGAGCGAUUGAGCGAAUACUACACUGUAGAAUAAUCUUUAAAACGUUUUUCAUGGUAUUAGUAGAAGCCUUUAAGUUCAGAGAUGUUAUUUUCCUGGAAAUACCAUUGUUUUUCGAGUACAACCUGGAUCGAUUCUUCGACAGUGUUGUGGUCUAUUGCGAUAAAAAUAUACAGGCAGAACGAAUAAUUGGGCGUGAUGGUGACGAUUUGUUAAAUGAAAAACUCAAAGCACAAAAGAGUCUCGAUGAAAAGAAGAAACGAGGAACGUUCCUUAUUAACAACAAUGGAACUGUGGAAUAUACGAAGAUUCAGAUCGCUAAUCUUAAAUUCAGUGGACGCACAAUUUACUUUUAUAUUAUCAUUGUUAUUUUGGUGUAUCAUCUGACGAGGUAUUUACUGAAAAAUCUACUCGGAUAAAAGUACAAUAAAUAAAUCGUGGUCUAACG